AUGCCCCAUUCAACCUCGACGGAAAUUUCACGCCCAGACGACCCGGAGAAAAUGGACGUUGAAGGACAAACUGAAAACCAAGAGGCGCAAAGCCUACCAGAUGCCCCAGCGUCAGACAGCCAGCCACUCAAUGGGAGUCCUCAGGCAGUUGAGGAUGCCGAUAGUAACAUGAUAUUGGAGGGCAAUGAUAGCAAGGAGGAGAAGACAGCAGAAUCGCCAGUUAGGUCUGAGGUCAAGCCUGAGAUCAAGUCCGAGGUGAAAUUGGAGGAGCUCUUCGCGGAUAUUGAGUCGGAUGGGGAGUUUCCCAGCUCCAUGAAUAAGGACAUAAAAGCCUCAAGUCCGCCGGAGGCACCGUCAUCUCCAGUGCAUAACGGGCCGGCCACGGGGGCAUCGGACACGGAGGUAAUGCGAUCCUUCUAUCAGCGUCUUUUCCCGUGGCGUUAUCUUUUCCAAUGGCUGAAUCACUCUCCGACGCCUUCGAACGAUUUUGGCCACCGAGAGUUUGCAUUGACAUUGUCGAAUGACGUAUAUCUUCGAUAUAUGUCAUAUCCUACGGCAGAUCUUCUUCGAAAAGAUAUCCUUCGCCUUAUGCCCACCAGAUUCGAAAUCGGACCUGUCUACUCUUCUAACCCACGAGACCGCAAGACGCUGCGGAAGUCGUCGUCGUUCAAGCCGCUUGCAAAGGAGUUGGUUUUCGAUAUCGAUAUGACAGAUUACGACGAUAUUCGAACGUGCUGUGACAAGGCCAACAUCUGCAUCAAGUGCUGGCAAUUUAUAACUAUGGCCAUCAAGGUUAUGGACGUUGCUCUGCGAGAUGAUUUCGGCUUUAAGCAUAUCAUGUGGGUAUAUUCAGGUCGAAGAGGCGCCCACGCCUGGAUAUGUGAUAAGAAGGCUAGACAGAUGAGCGAGCAGAAACGAAGGGCGAUUGCAGGCUAUCUAACAAUCGUAAAAGGAGGAGCACAGGGCGGCAAGAGAGUCAGCAUAAAAAGGCCUUUACAUCCGCACGUGGCACGGAGUCUUGAUAUAUUGAAAUCACAUUUUCAAUCCGACGUACUCCACGAUCAGGACCCCUGGGAGACGGACGAGAGAUCUGAUCGCCUCCUCCAACUUCUACCUGAUAGGACCUUGAACGAUGCAUUACGGAAGAAGUGGAGCUCGGCGCCUGGACGACUCUCCACCGCGAAAUGGGCAGAUAUCGAUUCCCUAGCCAAAUCUGGAGUAAGCAAAACCUUGGAUUCAAAAGCCCUACUCGAGGCCAAGCAAGAUAUCCUUCUCGAAUAUACCUACCCCCGGCUCGAUAUUGAAGUCAGCAAGCAACUCCACCAUCUUCUCAAAAGUCCGUUCGUUGUACAUCCUGGCACUGGGCGUGUUUGCGUUCCUAUCAACCCCAAGAAGCUCGGGGACUUUGACCCUUUUGAGGUGCCAACUGUGAUGGAGCUUCUAACCGAAAUCGAUGAGUGGAGCCGGCCGGAAGGGGAAGGGGAGGCCAAACCCGUACCAGACUGGGAGAAGACCAGAUUAAAGCCCUAUGUGGAGUAUUUCAGAUUAUUUAUUGCGGCGUUAAUGAGAGAUGAGCAGGAUAUCAAGGUCAAGAGAGAGCGGGAUGAGAAUGCGGCAGAUGCUAUGGAGUUCUAG